UGGCGGCCGGAGGGCCGAAGCGCCGGCGGGGCCGGGCGGGGGCGCUGCGAACGGAUGACGGAUGUCUCGCUGCCAGUUCGCGGCUUCCACGGUGUGAGCAGCGAGCGUGCAUAUUGGAGUGACAUGGCCACGAGUAUCUCGGAGGAGAUCGAGGAAAUCGAUCGGAAGCAGAAUACGGAGGUAGCGAGUACUGGCGAGUUCCCGCCCGAAUACUUAAUCAAGCAUCCCCUGCAAAAUACCUGGACCCUAUGGUAUUACGAGCCCGACAGGAAUAAAUCAUGGGAGGAGAGCCAACGGGAGAUAACGAGCUUCGAUACAGCUGAGGAUUUCUGGAGCUUGUACAACCAUAUAAAGACAGCUUCGGAGUUAAGGCAAGGUUGUGACUAUAGCAUGUUUAAGCAAGGAAUUCGGCCUAUGUGGGAGGACGAUCAGAAUAAGUGCGGCGGACGGUGGUUAAUAAAUCUAGAUAAGAAGCAAAGAGCUACCGAUCUAGAUAACUUUUGGUUAGAAAUUCUCCUAUGCAUGAUCGGGGAAGCCUUUAAUGAAUAUUCUGACGACGUUUGCGGAGCUGUAGUGAAUGUCAGACCAAAAGGCGACAAGCUUGGUAUCUGGACAUCAAACGCAGAUUGCGCGGAUAGUGUUAUGGAAAUCGGCCGGAAACUGAAGGAAAGAUUAAGGAUUACGUCUAAAACGACUAUGGGAUAUCAAGUACAUAAAGACACCAUGAUUAAAGCUGGAAGUCAAACAAAAAAUACUUAUACACUUUAAGCAUCACUAAAUUUGAUAUCACCCUUGAGUUCAUUUUAAUAUAUUAAUUGAUAUCAAAAAUCGUUGAUUAAAACAUUAACAAUAUAAUUGUGUGAAAAUAUAUCUUUGCAUUAUAUUGAAAUAUAAAAAAUGAAAUUUUGUUUUUCAAAAGUGUAUACUUAAGUCGUAGUUACGUUUCCGUAAUAACGAUAGAGACUAAAUGAAAAUAAAUCGCAUAUUACAACAAAAUAGAUGAAAUAUAUUAUCAAUAUAAAUAAAAAAUUAAUUUAAGAAAUAGUAUACAUAGCUACAAAUAUAAUUUAUGAGAUACACGCGGACUGCUGUAUUUUUUGUGGCUGAUAAUAUGUAUGGUUAGGAUAAAUUUAUAUACUUAGUAUAAUUCUUGCAACUUCUUUUCUUCACAGAUAAAUCCUUGUAAUCUCUUGUAAUAUUUCUGUAAUUUUUCUUGUUAAACUUGUAUUGUACAGUAGUGAAGCACAAGCUACAAUUAUACUCGAGAUUUU